CGGGACUUCCGGUCAGUGGCGCAACCUUGUGAGGCCUCCCCAUGCGUUUUUGAUUCACCGCUCUAGUCGCUAUUACUAUUCGGGUCGACAAGAUGGCUGAGAACGACGUUGAUAACGAGCUGCUCGACUACGAAGAUGAUGAAGAACCCCAAGGAGCACCAGAGAGUGGAGCCCCGGCCAACAAGAAGGAGGUGAAGGGAUCCUACGUUUCAAUCCACAGUUCCGGCUUCAGGGACUUCCUGCUCAAACCCGAGUUACUCCGUGCCAUUAUCGACUGUGGCUUUGAACAUCCAUCAGAAGUCCAGCACGAAUGCAUUCCACAAGCCAUUUUAGGAAUGGACAUCCUUUGCCAAGCGAAAUCAGGCAUGGGCAAGACAGCCGUGUUUGUUUUGGCCACUCUUCAACAGCUUGAACCAGUCAAUGGACAGGUAGCAGUAUUAGUCAUGUGUCACACGCGAGAGCUGGCCUUUCAAAUUAGCAAAGAAUACGAGCGCUUCUCCAAGUACAUGCCAACGAUCAAAUCGGUAGUAUUCUUCGGCGGGCUGCCCAUCAAGAACGACGAGGACGUCCUGAAGAAGAACUGCCCCCAUAUAGUCGUCGGAACGCCCGGCCGCAUCCUCGCUCUCGUCCGAAACAAAACGCUCAGUCUGAAGAACGUCAAGCAUUUUAUCCUGGAUGAGUGUGACAAAAUGUUGGAGCAACUUGACAUGAGGUGUGACGUACAAGACAUCUUCAGAAUCACGCCCCACGAGAAGCAGGUCAUGAUGUUUAGCGCCACGCUAAGCAAGGAAAUCCGACCCGUUUGUCGCAAAUUCAUGCAGGACCCCAUGGAGGUAUUUGUGGAUGACGAGACCAAACUGACGCUGCACGGCCUGCAGCAGUACUACUGCAAGUUGAAAGACAGCGAGAAGAACCGCAAGCUAUUUGAUCUGCUCGACGUCUUGGAGUUCAACCAAGUGGUGAUCUUUGUCAAGAGAAUCCAGCGCUGCAUUGCCUUGUCACAACUUUUGGUGGAGCAGAAUUUCCCCGCUAUUGCCAUCCACAAAGGGAUGGCCCAAGAGGAGAGACUGUCUCGCUAUCAGCAAUUCAAAGACUUCCAAAGACGUAUAUUGGUGGCCACCAACCUCUUCGGCCGAGGGAUGGACAUCGAGCGAGUCAAUAUCGUCUUCAACUACGACAUGCCAGAAGAUUCAGACACGUAUUUACACAGGGUUGCCCGUGCUGGCAGGUUCGGCACCAAAGGCCUGGCUAUAACCUUUGUGUCAGACGAAACCGAAGCCAAGACACUGAACGACGUGCAGGACCGUUUUGAGGUCAACGUGGCCGAGCUGCCCGAUGAAAUCGACAUCUCCUCUUACAUUGAGCAGUCCAGAUGAAUCCCGCCCCACACACACACCCUCAGCUUGGCAAACAUGGCCUCUCCGUGGAUCACAUCUUGUGCUUGGAUUUAGACGUACUUUGCUGUUUAUUUGAAAGCUCCCAGUUGUUCCCUCACGAAAUUUAUUUUUAGCAUCAGUUUUGGGAAUAUGCUAUAUGAUUGGUUUUAUUUGUAAUUUUUACAUUGUUUUCAGUGAAAUUAAACUUUUUGUACAAAUCAAUUUCA